AUGGCAGCACUGCUUGGGCAUGGGCAUAGCAUGUCUGAAUCGGGCAUUGGUCGGGAUUACAUCACAGGUCUUUACAGUGAACCCCCUCGAAGGCCUCCUCCAUCACCGCCAACGUCGUCUCACAGAUUUGGGCAUUCACGAGGGACAUCACUCCCACCUUUAGUAAUCCCGAACAAUGGAUCUCCAACACCGAGGCCCCUUUCUGUCCGACCGCAUGAACCUCAGACCGCCGCAUUCCUGAACUUUUCACUCCCACGGCCUGUUGCUUGUAGAAAGACAUCAAGCAUCUACAGCAGUGCAUCCAAGUCAACACAUAGUUCGAUGCCUACCACAAACUCAACACAUAACGACAACAAGUUUCUCUCACCAAACGCUUGCUUGGUGCCCCCACCUCCUCCAAAGUCACCACGACGGCCCUCGAUGUCCGGGGCAGACCAAAUAUCCCUUCCUCUACCAACACCAACACGACCUCUAUCAUGCGGGUCAGACCCAUCACGAUCACGGCCCUUAUCAUCAGGAUCCGACCAAGUCCCAGAACUAGAACCAGACAUCCACAAUGACGAUGUCAGCAGUUUAUCAGACGCGGACGAAACCCCUCCACCGCCUAACUACGCGCCUCCCUCACCACCCUCACCACCCUCACCACCACCCCGAUCACCGCUCCGUCCUCUAUCCAUGGAAUCCUAUCACUCCUUAACACCCCAACUCCCAGCCCCCUCGCCAAAAUCCCAACUACACCGAUCUCACUUCUACCCCGGAAAGCGCAACCCGCCAGCACGCAUCAACUUCCGCCUCUCGCAGGGUUACUACCAUAAGAGCAGCAAGAGCACCCCCAACCUCCGACGACAGUCAGACGAUUCGACGGGGUCAGCAGAGGAAGGAGAAAGUGACACCAUUACCAUUGGCAAACGGCAACCAAAGACUUACAACCUCGACGCCCUUAAUCGGUUAAUGAGCCCUUCCGAUCUAGACCUGGACAACCCCACGGCCCGCGAAUGUGGCAAAGCCGAAGCUGACGCAUUCUCAGAGUUGAUUGGAAUCAUCGAUCGGUAUAACGCCAAGGAGGGCGGGCCGCCGCCUGUGCCGGGACGGUUGCCGAGACGGGUGUCAUCGUUGAAUGUGCGGGUGGCGACGCCGGUUAUUGAUCCGGUGGAGGAGCAGAAGGAGCUCGGGGAGAAGGGACUGAAGAAGUUGAGUCCGACGGAGUAUGCAGCGGAGGUGGAGGGGGUUUGGGGGAGUUAUUUUGAUGAGGAUACUCCUGUUUGA